CGAUACCAUCAAACUUCACUUCUAUGCACUUGCAUGUUUACACCGGCUGAAUUUGUUUUCAUAUCAUUACGUACGCUAAUUCGUCCUCAAACAAUAAUUCGAUUGGUUUUUUUCCACUCGCGUUUCCACGCACUAUUGACCGAAGUCAAUGGACGUAUUGAAGCCUGAGAUCGUGCGAGUACAUGGUCGCCCUUACAGAUUCUUCGAAAGCAACAUAUGGUCGAAUCAGCCGAGUGCACCGUACCAAGAAGAAUAUCAAACUGAGAUGGAUGAUAUGACGAGUGAGGCUUGUGAAGACGAUUCAAUUGAUAUUGAGCAGAUCUACGGUGGGAAAUUUCGACAUACCCUGGACAUCCCCCCUGCUUUCAAUGGUCUCAUCGUGGGCCACAAAGGAGACACGAAGAAGAAACUGGAGAGAGAGACAAAAACCAAUAUUAGAGUUCCAUGGAAAAAUUCUACAGAUUUGAUAACAAUUACUGGAGACACGAGGGCGGAUGUGAUUUCUUGUAGACAGAGGAUAGACUUAUUGGUAGAAUCUUCGAGGAAGAAGAUGCGACCCACUCAUUUUGUGAGCAUUCCCCUUAAAAACGAUGAGUUUAUACAGAACUACAUGAAGUUUAAAGACCGAGUCUUGGCCGAUUCUGAUUUCAAAGACGCCAGAGUCGUCGAGGACUUUUUCGUCAAUCCCAAUAAACUGCAUUUAACGGUUGGAAUGCUCCUGCUGUUGGACGAGAAGGAGAUGAAAGAGGCUGCGGAUGUUCUCAAUGAAUGUGUCGAGAGAAUAAUCAAGCCGAUUUUGAAGGCCCACAAAGAUCCGUUGAUGAUAAAAAUUCAGGGAUUGGACUAUAUGAAUGAUGAUCCGACUACAGUAUCAGUAAUUUAUGGAGCAGUUUUGCCGAAUGAAAAACUGCAAGAAAUUGCCAACAAAGUGUUUGGAUUCUUCCUUGAAAAACAACUGAUGCGGGUGGAACGGACCGAAAACGUUAAAUUACAUAUGACUUUGAUAAACACGAGUAAAUUAAUCGCAAUGGAUCAAAGAAAUCGUGGUCAGAAGAUUUAUUUCAACGCCGCGAAGAUGCUAUCGGCCUUUCAAGACUAUUAUUUUGGAGAAAUGGAGUUGAAGAGCUUCGAUAUAUGUGAGAGAAAUAGUUGCGAAGCUGAUGGAUCCUACAAAAUAAUCACGAGAGUCGGAUUAAUUUAAAGAAAGCUGAUUUACGAAAAAGUCUACUUCCGGCCUUCUUAAUAAAAAAUUGAUAUUUUUUAAUAAUAUUUAAGUAGGUAGGGGUUUAAGAUAUCUAUGGCAUGCUCAGGGAGAAUUUUACAACGCCAAUAAAUUGAUGCUUUAUUGUAAAGACA